GGUAUAACGUUUUCGGAUACAGAUUGAUUCGGGUAUGUAGAGUUUACCAUUAUUGAUUUCUGAAAAAUAAAUCGAUUGCUACCUGGUAUCAAGCUUCAGCAUGAACUAGAUUCAACAAGUAUUGUUACAGACGGUGAAGCAUACGUCAUUUUAUUGGAAGACUGUAGAAAUGAAGAAAGGGAGAAACUGGACCAUAGAAUUUUACUCUUGACUUGAGUUGAUUUGAGCUGUUGAGUGUUGUAAGUUAGCACGCAAGAGAUUUUUUAAGACGUCGUCCAAACUAUACGUGGAGAAUGACAAGGGAUGCAAAAGGGACAGCCACAAUUCGUAGAAGGAGGGCAAGAAACAAAAGUGACUUUGAGAAAUUUAAAAACAGUAGACCGUCGUCACCGACUCCAUUAGAGGAGAUUAAUGAGUUCAUUGAAGAAGACGAGGGUUAUUUGUUUGAUGAUGAAGUUCUUGGUCCAUCUGUGAUAAAAAAGAUUAUGUCGUCGGAGAAAACCCUGCUAUUGUCAUUGAUAUCACUACGCUUGGUUAAUUCUCUUCUUAUACAAACUAGUUUUGUUCCAGAUGAAUACUGGCAGUCUGUUGAAGUUAGUCAUAAUAUGGUGUUCGGUUAUGGAUAUUUAACAUGGGAAUGGAAGCAUGGUUUACGAGGUUACCUGUAUCCAUCAGUAUUUGCUGUAUUUUAUAAACUGCUGGCUUUAUUUGGACUUGACAACAGACUUUUGUUGAUCAAGUUACCAAGGCUGAUUCAGGGUGUUAUAGCUGCUAUAGGCGACCUUUACCUUUAUAAAUUCUCCUGGUUGCUAUGCGACAGAGCUACGGCACAAUGGACGCUGCUGUGUCAAACUGUUAACUGGUUUAUGCUGUAUUGCUCAACUAGAACACUUACAAAUAGUACAGAAACUGCACUUAUUACUGCCGCACUUUUCUAUUUUCCAUGGCCUGGAAAACAAAAUUACUCUAGUCAGUCAGUGCGGAAAUUUUUAAGCCUUGCUGCUUUGUCGAUAAUUGUACGACCCACGGCAGCUGUCAUCUGGGUUUUACUUUGUUCCUGGCAUUUACAGAAUAACAAACACCAACUGUUUAAAACUGUAAAAAGUUAUAUAUUAGUUGGAGUUUGUUCCCUUGGAUUGUCUGCUACUAUAGAUAGAAUAUUUUAUGGUGAAUGGACAUGCGUGCAAUACAACUUUCUAGUAUUUAAUGUGUUCAGUGGGGGCGGAGCUUUCUAUGGGACACACCCCUGGCACUGGUACUUUACUCAGGGAUAUCCUGUAAUCAUGGCAACUCAUAUAUUUCCGUUUGUGGUAGGGGCAUGGCGGUCAAAGAAUAAAGUCCCUUUAUUUGUGAUAAUCUGGACAGUGAUUAUAUACAGUCUUCUGUCGCACAAGGAGUUCCGAUUUUUGAUGCCAAUUCUGCCGCUCUCAUUUCACUACUGUGGUAUUUAUUUUAAUUCUCUCUGUCGAAAACCUAAACUGAAAAAACGGCAGAUAAAGCAAGCUCGUGCCUCUUUGAAGAACGAAAAUACUCGCGGCUCCCAGGAGAGUUUGCUUAGUAUUGGAGACGAGAGUGGGAGUACGGGAACCGAAAUUUCGUCGGAACAGAGUUUAGCAUCAACUGAGACUAGUGGAAUUAGCAGUGAAGCUGAUACUGUGAAAGACAAAGAUAGUGAAAACAGUGCCAACGAUAAUAAUGAUAAUGCCGAUCCAAAAGUAACUGAAGAUGUUAAAAAAAGAGAUCUGUCGACCAAUGAAAUUGUCGCAGAAAUGGAAAAAAGGCAACGAGAGACACAUAAAAAUAAUUUAUCAAAAGCAAAGAUAUUUGUUUUGAUUUUACUUGUGACUAACAUUCCAGCAGCAAUGUAUUUUAGUUUGAUUCAUCAGCGAGGGACGAUACUUGUAAUGAAGUAUAUACAUGAUGCUAGUCUAGAGAGAAAUGUAGACGUGAUGUUUCUGAUGCCAUGUCAUUCCACCCCAUAUUACAGUUAUAUACAUCGAAAUAUCAGCAUGAACUUUAUAACGUGUGAACCGAACUUGGAACGCAAAGAAAACUACACAGACUCAGGAGAAAUCUUUUUCAACGAUCCUGUAGGCUGGUUAAAGAAGGAGUACGGCAUGACCUCGCGACCUUGGCCCUCUCAUCUGGUAUACUUCAGUCCCCUGCAGAAACAACUUGGACUAUAUUUAACGCAGAGUGGAUAUAAAGAUUGUGCCAGUUUUUUCCACACUCAUUUUCCCGAAGGUCGUGUAGGAACACAUGUUAUUGUCAGCUGUAGAUAGCAAUUAAUUGUCAAGCUGGAAAACAUUUAUAGCAUUUAGAAAUUUAUCUCAAAGGGUUUAAGAUGUUGUAAAAUCUGAGACAGGGAACCAGUGUUGAACUAUAGCAAGUGAUGUAUUAAUAAUCAAACAUACCUAUGAUAGACCACAGGUAUAAAGCUCAAUCUACAAGACUGUAUUUCCAGUUCUCUCUUUAUAACAUUUUAUUUUGAUAUAGUUCAAAUUUAGAUCUCUGAAAAAAGCUGUUUUUAUUGUGGUUGUGUUUUUGUUAUAUUUUUGAUAUGUUUAAUGAAUUCCAUCUCUGCUAAUGAUUUAUUUUAUUAGCUGUAAUUUUUGUGAUAAGAUCAUUAUCAUUUGAUAGUUAAAAGUCAAUUAUUGCAUUAUUUUUAGCUCUACUUUUCGAAGAAUAGCGAAAGCUAUCGUACUCUUCAAGGCAUCUGUGUAACACUUUGGUUAAGAUUUUACAUGCAAGUUGGUGUCACCAAAACUACCGUAGGAUGUGAGUUGAAACUUCACAUUCUAAUCUAAGAGCAUAAUAAGAAGCCAAUAUAUAAGGCCCAUAACUCUAACCUGGAUUUUGCCAGAAUUAUGACCCUUUUUGAACUUAGAAAAUUCUACAAUAUCCAGGGUCUUGCUUUACAAUCAAACAUUGAGAAUAGUUAAGACACUGUCCUACCCAUAGCUCAUGUUGUUGGAAUAGAAUCGUGCUUUCAUUUUAUUUAUUAAAUAAGGGGAAAAAGUCAAUCUGCUGUUAAUUCGUUCUUGAAAUUUUGCACUUAAGAGGUGGCCAGCUUUAGUAAAAAAAAAUGAUGAUAUUUUAACACUUUGGGCAUUUUUAUUUAACAAAUUAAAACCUCAAAAUAAAGUUUAAAUUUCUGUUUUGCAUUUCAAAGAAAAUAUCCUUACAUAAAUGGACUCCUAUGUUAUGACUCUUUUAAUUUCUGAAUCACAAUGCUAAUGGGCAUUGCCCAUUGGGCAUUUACAUUGCCAGUAAAAUGGUCUGUCAUUGUAUAUCUUGAUUUUUAUUUACAGUCAACAAUAUUUGACUUAAGAUAAAAAUGUUUAUUGAAACAGUCUUCAAUUAGUCCUAAAGUUGGUUUUAUGUCAUCGGACUGAGGAUGCACUGAGAACUUUGUAUGAAACACAGCCCUGGAAUGGCAGCCAUUUCAGCAUGAGUAACAGUUUUUGUGAAGGAUGGACAAACCACUUUUAAAUAGGUGAUAACACAGUAACAAAGCUAAAAUGUGGUCAUCCAUUAUUUGAUAUUACCCAAUGAAUAAUAUAUACUUUACACCCCUUGUAUUUUUAUAAUGCACCGGCCAUCACGAAUAUAACCUUCUGAGUAAAGUUCUAACACUGUCAAGUAUUUGUUGUAAAUUAAAUUUAUUUAUGUACUGUGAUAGUAAAUGUUUUAAUCAUAAAUUCAUAUUUUUAUCAAA